AGCUGUCUGCGGAGGUGGGUGGCAAAUGGCAUAUUUGUUGAAGAACCUUUGAAGGCUAUUGGCUAAAGACACUGUUUUCGGGCAUGAGUUUACAACAAUCACUUUGGUUUUUGUGAUACGAGUUUAAUUAUUCUUUGAAAACAAAUGAUUACAUAACCCUCAUUUUAUAAUCAUUAAAUUAGCGAACUUCUUUAAAAAUAAUUUAUCAGCAGUAUAUAUAACUACGAAGAAUGUGACGCAAAUCCAUAUCUCUUCUCUAAGCUCAUGAUCAUCUGCUUGAUCAUAAAGCCUAUUAUCCUCUCUUUCAGUAAAAGUAGCUUUUUGAUUUUCUUCAUCAUACUCUUCCAUCAUAGAUUCAGCUUCUGAACCUAAUUGUUCCAGGUUAUUACAAAGCCAAGUUCAUCAUAUCAAAUCUUCUUGAGAUCUUGAAUUCCUUAGAACAUGGAGAAGCUUCUUAAUCCAUCUGAAAAGCAGUACAUGAAAAUGGCUAUGCUUAAACAUGAAGAAACUUUCAAGCAGCAGGUAUAUGAACUUCAUAGGUUAUAUCAAGUCCAGAAGAUAUUGAUGAAGAGCAUGCAGGUCAACAAAGUCAAUGAUGUAAAUCCAGGACUAGGAUCAUUCGUCAGAAGAGUUGACGGGCCGGAGAACUUUGCCCACGGAGGAGAAUCCGGUGGUAAUGAUAUAGAAAUUAUGGACGAGAGUGAGAUCGAGCUAACGCUUGGACCGUCGUGUUACGGUGGUGAUCUGAUGAGAAUGAACAAGAAGAAAAAGAAUAAUUCUUCGCUGGAGAUGAUGGAUGGAAAUUUAAAUUCCGGUCGCCGGAGUUUCUCAUCUUCUUCCACAGGCUCAAGCAAUAAUAAUCAUAACAAUCUUGAAGAUCAAGUGAGACAAGAGAGAUUGAUGAAACAUCAGAAGCAGAAGCCUUGGCUUCAAGCAUUGACCUUGGAUGUUAUUUGAUAAUAAUAAAUAAUAUUCAUUUUAACUAUAUUCUGAAAUAGAUUGCAUUUCCCUUUUGAUGUUUUAUCAUGCCUCUUAUCAGGUGAUCUUUUAAAGAUGAUUAUCAGUAAUUUUCUUCUUUAGCAGUUCUUCUUAGGUUUCUUGUAAAUAAAAGCAUUACUAUGGAUGUUUUACUUUGUUUAUGAAGAUAAAAAAAACAAUUAUUCACGAGUUCAA